CCGCGUCGAGGGCGACAACGAACCAUGAACGUUUUCCUGCCUUGUCGCCCCUCCCUCGUCCGCCAUGCAUUUUCAGGCCUCGGAAGGCGCACCAUGAGCUCUGCACGAGACGCUCCAACAGCCGCAGCGGCCACCACCACGCUCAACUUUCUCUUCCCCGGUGUAGAGGCCGCGCUCUCGUCCACUGGUACCUCGACCGCAGCGCCCUCCACCUCCGCCAUCACCUCCCCCUCCUCCGCGUUCAAAGUCGCUUCCACCACCGCCGCAGCGCCGCUCACGCUCCCCCCGCCCUCCGACCCGCUCCUCUCCUUCCUCACCUCGCUCCUCCAACAAUCCGGGAACCGCACGCGCGCCUCCGCCCGCGUCUCAUCCAUGCUCCUGCACAUCCACGCCCUCACGCGCGCGCCGGCCCUGCCCCUCGUGCGGCACGCCGCGCUCGCAGCUGCGCCCGCCGUGCGCCUGAAGAGCCACAAGCGCGGGUCGAAGAACGUGCAGAUGCCCGUUGCGCUGAGCGAGAAGCAGAGGAUCAGGGCGGGGCUGAAGGCGAUGCUGAAGAGCAGCGAGGGGAAGCAGGGCAAGAGCGUGCAGGAAAGGAUGGCGCGGGAGGUGGUGGGUGUUGUGAGGGGCGGUGGGGGGGCGUUGGAGGGGAAGGCGGUUGUGCAUCGGGUGGCAAUGGUGAAUCGGGGAACUUGUCUGUGCGGUGAUACGCCUUGCGCUGAAUUUCCGGAUGGCGGCGUCCUGUCUUUGGGGAAUUUGUGGGAGCUGGUAGCCCGGGCUCAGGCUCAUGCUCGAGGAACGGAUUGGAAAGUCUGCUGCGAUCACUCAUAGAUGUCUACACCUUAU